UUCUCCGUUCGCUCUGAGCGUUCGAUCGUUCGUCGCUCUCCUCGCGUUUCCGUUCGUUUAUACACCUGCGCGUAUUCGUACGUUUUAUACCUGUGUUUGUACGUAUUCGAGGCACAACGAUCGUGUGCGUGUGUGUGUGUGUGACGUAAAAAUUAGCCUCAAGUCGCACGAAUAACCACGUAACAACAUCACCUUGGAUGAGAGGUCAGUUUGUUUUUUCUACGGAUACGCGAUGAUGAAAAUUUGACCUCAUAUUACAGUGUGCGAAUAUUUAAGUCUCGCUAAUUUAGUGGUGAUAAUCGAAUCAAAAGUGAUGCACGCUUGUACGGUUUUUUAAUUUUUUUCUUUUCAUUUUUGUGCGCUAACCGAGCUCAGGUGGGUGGAAAAUUGGAACAGGAAGUGAAUCGGAAGUGUAUAUGGUGCACCUCUAAACACUGGUUGCACAAUUUAGCGGUAAAACUCUUGCCACGCAUCUGUGACCGGAUAUAUUCAGCACAGUUAUGUACUUCCAAGGAGAAAGGGGCUAUUUACUCUAGGCUAGGAUGUCACAUCACAGCGACGACAACAUGCUGAUAGCAACGUCGGACUCGUUUUGGGAACCGGGGAACUAUAAGCGUACGACAAAGCGUAUAGAGGAUGGUCAUAAGUUGUGCGACAGUUUGAUAGCUUUGGUACAAGAGCGGGCCGAGAUUGAGAAGAAUUACGCGAAGGCGCUCAAGAGCUGGUCAAAAAAUUGGAAUGACAAAAUUGAAAAGGGUCCCGAAUAUGGAACGACGGAAGCAGCGUGGAAAGGCGUUCUCGUCGAGUCGGACAGAUUGUGCGAUUUGCAUUUACGGGUCAAAGACAACUUGUGCAACGACAUUAUACAGCAGGUGAAAACGUGGCAGAAAGACACCUAUCACAAGUCAAUGAUUACGUUGAGGGAACGAAAAGAGAUGGAAGAUUCGUUUAAAAAGGCUCAAAAACCGUGGGCAAAGUUACUACAAAAAGUCGAAAAAGCCAAGGCCGAGUAUCACAACAGUUGUAAAACGGAAAGAACGGCGGCCAACAUGGAACGAAACGCUUCCGCAGACAGUUCGCUCUCACCUGAUCAGAUUGCCCGAGGCUCGGAAAACAGAGCUCUGUUGGUGAAAAAAAUGCAAGAUCGUGUACAAAAAACGAAGGAGGAGGUACAGAAAUCGAAAGAAAAAUACGAGGCGUCUCUUCUUGAAAUAAAUCAGUACAAUCCUAAAUACAUGGAAGACAUGACGCAAGUUUUUGAAAAGUGUCAAGAAAUGGAGGCCCAGCGACUGCAGUUCUUCAAGGAUGUUCUUUUUGGAAUACACAAAUGCCUUAACAUAUCACAGGAUCCGGUGCUCCCUCAAAUAUACGAAGAAUUCUAUCACACAAUCAACAAUGCUGCGCACGAAAAAGACUUGAAAUGGUGGUCGAAUAAUCACGGGGUCAACAUGGCUAUGAAUUGGCCACAAUUUGAGGAUUAUACGGAGGAGUUCCGUGACAUCACCAAAGGGUCUAAAUCGAAGGAGGCAUUACCUGCUGGAUCCAUCACUCUCAUCAAUCAGCGCCCUGUUGGUGAAGAUCUGCAUGAGUUCCCGCCUGUCAACCAUAAAGCCAGAGCCAAACCUGCUGGACGAGUAAUACCAACAGACGCACCGCUUCCAGAUACCAAAAUCGACACCAUAAACUCGUCGAGCAAACAAACCUCGGAAAAGAACAACCAUGAAACGAGCACAGUGAACAGGACUGCGACUAUCACAAAUGGAACCAGUGUAAAACAAGAAUCUAAUCCAUUCGAAGAGGAAGAAUGGGAUGAAGAUGGUGGUGAGCCUCUAGUCGACAAUGGGGAACCUGGUGUCCCUGUCAGAGCGUUAUACGAUUACGAAGGUGCCGAAGCGGACGAAUUGAGCUUCAAACAAGGUGACGUUUUUGAGAAACUGGAAGACGAGGACGAGCAGGGUUGGUGCAAGGGGAGGAAGGACGGUAGGGUGGGACUGUAUCCUGCCAACUACGUAGACCUUGUAUCUCAGUAAUCUACGAGUUAAACACCAAAUUGAUUCGUUGAUAAAAUUUAAAGCCGUACCAACGGCCUAGAAUCGUUGCUGAUUAAUGCCGAAUUAAUUGGUAAUAAAUAUAGCAACCGAUGUUCAGGGGAGUACUGGCAUUUUUUUCAAUGCAUUUUCUGGUGUGAAGUUAGUGAGGAGCCGAGAGAAGGAGAACGUAUCAAGUACAUAAUGUUUUUAUUCACGAAAUUCGUGUCAAGUUGUCAAAUCGAUAUGUCUCUUAAGAUUCCUCGAUGCCGAAAGGUUGUUUAUAUUUUAUAUGAAAGGAAACAAUAUACUUUGUUGAUUUUA